UCUCCCCCCUCUCCAUCGUUAUCCUCAUUAUUUUUCGUUUCUGUCUUUCAACGCUACUUUGCGUGGAAGAAGGAGAAGGGAAAAAGUUGGGAGCGGAUGGCUGUAGUUUCUUCUCUGGGAUCCUCAUUCAUUCCUCGCUGAACCUCCUGUUGCAUAAAUGAUGCUCCGGGAGCGAGGCUUUCUCUUUUUUUUCCUCCUUCGGAUCUGGGUUUAGAGUGGAUGUUACCGGGUUUCGAUCGCCUCUUUGGAGAUACAAUAUCGCUUUUCUUUUUUUUUGUUGUUGUUGUUGUUUUUUCUGCCCCUCCCUUUUUCCCUCCCUUCUUCUCAGCUCCCCACCCCCGCCCCCACCCCCCAAAACCCGCUUGUGCUUCCUGCAAGGCUCGGGACUGGGUUUCUGAUUGCGGUUAUUUCCAUGUUUCUAGGUUUGUGUGAUUUUGCUAAAAUGCAUCACCAACAGCGAAUGGCUGCCUUAGGGACGGACAAAGAACUGAGUGAUUUACUGGAUUUCAGUGCGAUGUUUUCACCUCCUGUGAGCAGUGGGAAAAAUGGACCAACUUCUCUGGCAAGUGGACAUUUUACUGGCUCAAAUGUAGAAGACAGAACUAGCUCAGGGUCCUGGGGGAAUACAGGACAUCCUAGUCCAUCCAGGAACUAUGGCGAUGGGACUCACUAUGAUCACAUGGCGAGCAGAGACCUUGGCUCACAUGACAAUCUCUCUCCUCCUUUUGUCAAUUCCAGAAUACAAAGUAAAACAGAAAGGGGUUCAUACUCGUCGUAUGGAAGAGACUCGAAUUUACAGGGUUGCCACCAGGUUUAUGCCCCGUCAGCAAGCACUGCCGACUACAAUAGGGAUUCACCAGGUUAUCCAUCCUCAAAACCAGCAGCCAGCACUUUUCCUAGCUCCUUCUUCAUGCAAGAUGGCCAUCACAGCAGUGACCCGUGGAGCUCCUCCAGCGGGAUGAACCAGCCCGGUUACGGAGGGAUGCUGGGCAACUCGUCUCAUAUUCCACAGUCCAGUAGCUACUGCAGUCUGCACCCCCAUGACCGCUUGAGCUACCCAUCACACUCCUCAGCAGACAUCAAUUCCAGUCUUCCUCCGAUGUCCACCUUCCACCGCAGUGGCACGAAUCAUUACAGCGCAUCCUCUUGCACACCCCCAGCCAAUGGCACGGACAGUAUAAUGGCAAACAGAGGAAGUGGGGCAGCAGGCAGCUCGCAGACUGGUGAUGCGCUGGGGAAAGCACUUGCCUCUAUCUAUUCUCCAGAUCACACCAACAACAGCUUUUCAUCAAAUCCUUCAACUCCUGUUGGUUCUCCCCCUUCUCUCUCAGGCACAGCUGUUUGGUCUAGAAAUGGAGGUCAAGCGUCAUCAUCUCCCAAUUAUGAAGGUCCCUUACACUCUUUGGUAUGUUUUGAUUACCCGCAGGUCGGCGCUCACCGCGAGGACGGCGUCAGCCUGCGCAGCAGCCACUCGCUCGUGCCAAACCAGGUCCCGGUCCCCCAGCUGCCCGUCCAGUCCGCCACCUCCCCGGACCUCAACCCGCCCCAGGAUCCCUACAGGGGCAUGCCAACCGGACUGCAAGGGCAGAGCGUCUCUUCAGGUAGCUCCGAAAUCAAGUCUGAUGACGAGGGAGACGAAAACCUCCAGGACACAAAAUCUUCUGAGGACAAGAAACUAGAGGAUGACAAGAAGGAUAUCAAAUCAAUUACUAGGUCAAGAUCUAGCAAUAACGAUGACGAAGACCUGACACCUGAGCAGAAGGCCGAGAGAGAAAAGGAGAGGAGAAUGGCCAACAACGCUCGCGAGCGCCUGCGCGUGCGCGACAUCAACGAGGCUUUCAAGGAGUUGGGCCGGAUGGUGCAACUCCAUCUGAAGAGCGACAAGCCCCAGACCAAGCUCCUGAUUUUACACCAGGCUGUAGCUGUCAUCCUCAGCUUAGAGCAGCAAGUCAGAGAAAGAAAUCUGAACCCUAAAGCAGCGUGUCUGAAAAGAAGGGAAGAAGAGAAAGUAUCUUCAGAUCCUCCUCCACUUUCCCUGGCGGGACCCCACCCUGGGAUGGGAGAUGCAUCCAAUCACAUGGGACAGAUGUAAAAAAGGUCCAAGUUGCCACAUUUCUUCAUUUAAACAAGAGACCACUUCCUUAACAGCUGUAUUAUCUUAAACCCACAUAAACACUUCUCCUUAACCCCUUUUUUGUAAUAUAAGACAAGUCUGAGUAGUUAAGAAUCACAGACGCAAGAGAUUUCAGCAUUCCCGAUAUUAAAAACGAGAAAAAAAAAACAAAAAGUGCAACUUGAGGGACGACUCUCUUUAACAUAUCAUUCAGAAUGUUUAAAGCAGUAUGUUACGAGCUGUAAAUGCACAGCCUAGAGACUGAAUGGCAAUCUUCUCCACACUGUGGGACAAUGCAUUUGUGCCUAAACUUCUUUUGGAAAAAAAAAUAUAAUUAAUUUGUAAGUCUGAAAAAAAAUAUUUAAUUUAAAAUUGUAAACUUGCAAUAAUGAAAAAGUGUACUUCUGAAGAAAAAAAAUGAGCGUUUUUGUUGGUGUGCUAGACAGCUAGUGUUUAUACUUACUGGAUAUUAAAAGGGAAGCUUUGCUGCCCAGAUAUUUACAAAACCAGCAAACGUCCUAAUGAAAACUGAAGUGAUGACAUUAGCCAUUCCUUAGGGUAGGAGGAACAG